UUUGCACAAAUUUCCGAGAAUUUCUAAUUUUGUCACUGAUCAAAGACUGGGCUGCAUGCAGUUUCUCUUUCAAAUAAACAAUGCACGGGUCAGAUGUUUUGCUACGUUACGUAACAGCUACCAGAGCAGUAGGUGGUCAUGUUCCCUUCGCUGUAUGCUGGGUGUUUUAAGCUGGUUUAACUCACAGCCUUCACCUGCACCCAAUGAAAACGACUCGACGCGGGUGAAGUUUCGCCGGUGAACUCUUGCAGAGCAGGAAAGGACAGUGAACAUUAACCAAACAUUAAAAUGUUUGUAGGGGGAUUCUGCCUCACGGUGACACAUUAACCGGUGACAUCUGGAACAUUUUGUGCCAGAAACACACCUGCAUCAUGUCGCUUCUCACCCACCUGCUGGCCUGUCUGUUCGGGAUGGGCUCCUGGAUCUCCAUCAACGGCCUGUGGGUGGAGCUGCCCCUCGUUGUCCCACAGAUUCCGGAGGGCUGGUACCUGCCCUCUUACCUGUCCGUCCUCAUCCAGAUGGCCAACGUAGGGCCUCUCUUCGUCACCCUGAUGCACCGCUUCAGGCCCGGCGCCCUGAACGAAACAGCCGUCAUAUACGCGAUCGUCGGCUUGGGCACCGUGGCGAGCUUCCUGUUGGGUUUCUUCUGGAAGGAAACUGUUGUUGUGGCGGGUGUCCCUCGCAGUGUUGCCCUCCUCGUCUUAACUUUCUUCCUCUCUGUCGUUGACUGCACUUCCUCCGUCACCUUCCUGCCCUUCAUGAUGCGUCUCAAGCCCCAGUACCUCACCACCUACUACAUUGGGGAGGGCGUGAGCGGCCUGCUGCCUGCUCUAGUGGCUUUGAUUCAGGGCGUUGGGGUGGUCCACUGUAUCAACAGCACCCAGUCUCUGAACCACACACCGGCCUCCUCCAACAGCUCUGCGACCUAUGACCUCCAGGCCCAGUAUCAGCCAGCCAACUUCUCAGCAGAGGUGUUUUUCUUCUUCCUCAGUGCGAUGAUGCUGGUGUGUCUGGUGGCCUUCCUGCUGCUGAACUACCACCCGUCGGUGGCCAGGGAGCAACCAAACGGUCGGUACACCAACGGGGUGAAAGAGAACUCUCAGAGAAACAGGAAGCAGGGCGAGCAGACAGCCAUGAUGGAUCCAUACAGACCUGCAAACCAGAAGUGCAGAAGCAGCUUUGGCACUGGCUCUUACAGCUGGAUGCAGGUGUUUUACAUCUUUGUGAUCCUGGCCUGGGUGAACGCUCUGACCAACGUGGUGCUUCCCUCAGUGCAGUCUUACUCGUGCAUGCCGUACGGGAACAACGCCUAUCACUUAUCAGCCGCUCUGGCUGCUGUGUCGAACCCUCUGGCCUGCUUCAUCGCCAUGUUCUACCCUUUAAGGUCUCUGCUGCUGAUGGGGGCCCUCACAGCGUCAGGCACUGCGGCUGGAGCUUACAUCAUGUCCAUGGCGGUGCUGAGUCCGUGUCCACUGCUGGUCAACGAAGCGUCAGGCGGUGCCAUCAUUGUGUUGGUCUGGAUCCUCUUUGUUCUUACUCUGUCCUAUGUGAAGGUGAUCAUCGGGGUGAUCCUGCGGGACGAGGGCCACAGCGCCCUCGUGUGGUGCGGGGCUGUGGUGCAGCUGGGCUCCCUGCUGGGGGCUGUGACCAUGUUUCCGCUGGUCAGUGUGUACAGCUACUUCCUGUCAGGUGACCCGUGCAACACAAAAUGCCCCUGAAUGACGGAAACACAGGAAUACAGGAAAUGCUGCGCACGUUUCACGUUUUUUUUUUGUUAUAUAUUGUGUUCGGUGGAGGAAGUUUUUUUUUUCUAUCUUG